GAGGCCGCGCGCUAGGCGGCAGCAGCGGGCGCGGCGCGGGGCGGGGCCGCCGCGCGGUCGCUCUGGGCCGGGUCGGCCGGCAGGGCCGGGGCGGGGCGCGCCGUGGGCGGUGUGCGGAGCUGCGGGAGCCGAGCGGGACGAGCAGGAUGGCGGCGGCUGCAGGCGAGGCGCGCCGGGUGCUGGUGUACGGCGGCAGGGGCGCGCUGGGCUCCCGCUGCGUGCAGGCGUUCCGGGCCCGCAACUGGUGGGUCGCCAGCAUUGACGUAGUGGAGAAUGAAGAGGCCAGUGCCAGUGUUGUUGUCAAAAUGACGGACUCGUUUACGGAGCAGGCUGACCAGGUGACUGCUGAGGUCGGAAAGCUCUUGGGUGAAGAGAAGGUGGAUGCCAUCCUUUGUGUGGCUGGAGGAUGGGCCGGGGGCAAUGCCAAGUCCAAGUCUCUCUUUAAAAACUGUGACCUGAUGUGGAAGCAGAGCAUGUGGACGUCGACCAUCUCCAGCCAUCUGGCCACCAAGCACCUCAAGGAAGGAGGCCUCCUGACCUUGGCCGGUGCCAAGGCUGCCCUAGAUGGGACUCCCGGGAUGAUUGGCUACGGCAUGGCCAAGGGCGCCGUCCACCAGCUUUGCCAGAGCCUCGCGGGGAAGAACAGUGGCAUGCCGGCCAGGUCUGCGGCCAUCGCCGUGCUCCCGGUUACCCUGGAUACUCCGAUGAAUAGGAAAUCCAUGCCCGAAGCCGACUUCAGCUCCUGGACGCCCCUAGAGUUCCUCGUGGAAACUUUCCACGACUGGAUCAUAGAGAAAAACCGACCAAGCUCAGGAAGCCUAAUCCAGGUGGUAACCACAGAGGGAAAGACGGAGCUUACCCCAGCGUAUUUUUAAGCUUCAUUUCAGUGCCCGCGAAGGGCCUGCCCAAAAAGUCGUUACCUCCAUGUAGCUGAGUCUGGCCCCGUGUUUCUGUAGCCCUGUUCGUGGUACCAGCCAGUGAGACCUAUAUUUCUGUCACCUAAUGUGCAUUUGCUCUCCUAAGACAGUGUAAAAUGUUCAUGUGAAAUAAAAACAUGUGGGUGAGGCUUCCGGUUAGUACCAUCAAUCUGCAUUGACUGCCUAAGUUUCGGAGGUCUGUAUUGGCGUCACGUUGCAUUGCUUUUGAGAUUGUCUGUCCCUGACAAUGGCUGUCAGCUUACCUAGUUCAGAGAUUUGUUAGUAUCGGGGACUUUUGAGGGCCUGAGUUCUUUUUGAAUGUUGUGUUUAUGUCACAGAUGUAGUUUUUGAAGCCUCAAAUUACACUGCCUUGAAACUCCUUUUGUGGUGUAAGCAAAAUCCAAUGGACUCUGUUAAGGUAUCUUUUUCCUGUGCAGUUGCCAAGUGUGUAAGAGAAGCACUUGUGAUUUUUUUGGAGUUUAUCUUCCAAAUAAAUGCACUUCCUUUA